UUCUUCCCAACUUCUUUUCAUUUCCUCAAGACCUGUUUGGUUGCCGAGAAAGCCAAAAAAGAAUUAAAGGAAUAGAAAUAAUACAAAUAGUAAUCUGUAUUUUGUUUCUCUUUCUUCUGCAAACUGUUGCGAUCAAUGCUUCUGUAUUGGCUAGUUUUCAGGCUAGAAGUUCAUAAUGCGUAAGGUGGCACAACCAAAUUAAGAAGUGCAGUAUUGCGAAGCUUGGUACUUCGAUCUUACGGUAAAUCAUUCGGUAAUAUGAUUUCUGUUCGUAGAUAUUGCUUUAGAAAGGAUGUUCUUUCAUAUAGUUUGAAUUCCAUCACUAGCACAUUGAGGCCUAUACACUAUUUGAUUCAAACCCAAAUUGACCCAGUUCCCAAAAUCGCUUCAAAUGGAUAUUUUGGUGUAUAUGAGCGGUUUUUGCUGUAUAAUUUUUACUCGACCAAGCCCCCAUCACGAUCGUUUAGAAGGAGAGAACGUAAAAGAUCGGAAUCCAAUAGAUCAACUCUUGAUGAAGUCCAGUUUCAAAGGGCCUUAUCCCAGUUGUUGCCUAGAUUUACACCUGAAGAACUUUGCAAUGUUAUAACUCAGCAAGACAAUCCUUUUGUGUGUUUAGAGUUGUUCAACUGGGCAUCACAACAGCCACGGUUCAGACAUUAUGUUUCUACUUACCACAUUAUGAUAAAGAAACUUGGCAUAGCUAAAAUGUAUCAAGAAAUGGAUGAUGUUGUCAACCAAGUGCUUGCUAUUUCUUACAUUGGUUCUGAGGCGCUUUACAAUUCCAUUAUCUAUUUUUUCACGGAAGCUCGGAAGUUGACUAGAGCUGUCAAUAUAUUUAAACACAUGAGGAAUAGCAGAAACAUGGAGUGUAGGCCUUCAAUCAGGACGUACAAUAUUCUUUUUACAGCCUUUUUGAGUAGGGGAUCUAAUUCUUACAUAAAUCACAUGUAUAUGGAGACAAGCAGGUGUCUGUUUCGGCAAAUGGUGGAUGAUGGGAUUGAGCCUGAUAUUUACUCUUUGAAUUCUAUGAUUAAGGGGUACGUACUAUCCCUUCAUCUCAAUGAUGCACUUAGAAUAUUCCAUCAGAUGGGUGUGGUCUAUAAAUGCACACCAAACUCAUUUUCCUACGAUUAUCUCAUCCAUGGGUUAUGUUGUCAAGGCCGAACAAAUAAUGCUAAGCAGCUGUGCAAUGAAAUGAAGAGCAAAGGGUUUAUGCCGAGUAGUAAAUCAUACAACUCACUUGUGAAUGCUUUGGCUCUUCAUGGAGAGGUUGAGGAAGCACUGAAGUAUCUGUGGGAGAUGAUUGAGAAUCGAAGAUCAGCUGAAUUCAUUACUUAUAAGACAAUACUUGAUGAAAUCUGCAGACAAGGAAGGGUUGGCGAGGCUAUGAAGUUGUUGAAGGAAUUCGAAGAGAAAGACCUUCUGAAUGGGCAUGCCUACAGGAAGCUUCUAUAUGUGCUUGAAGAUGACUAUGGAGAUCCAAAUGCUGAUGCUCAAUUCAGGUAG